AUGAUGUUCAUCAAGACGAACGCAGGCCUGCUCUCGGCCGGGCUUCUUCUUCUCUCGUCCGUAACCGACGUCGUGGCCCAGUGCAGUCUCCCGUCCACGUACCGCUGGACUUCGACCGGCUCCCUGGCGAACCCCAAGUCCCCAUGGGUGUCUCUAAAGGACUUCACCACGGCCCCCUACAACGGCAAGCACCUCGUGUACGCGACGACCCAUGACCAGGGGACCUCUUGGGGCUCGAUGAACUUCGGCCUCGUGUCGGACUGGUCCCAGCUGGGCUCCGUGUCCCAGACCGGGAUGAGCUGGAACGCCGUCGCCCCCACGCUCUUCUUCUUCCGGCCCAAGAACAUCUGGGUCCUCGCCUACCAAUGGGGCCCGACCGCCUUCUCCUAUCGCACGUCGACCGAUCCGACCAACGUGAACGGCUGGUCGGCCGCGCAGCCGCUCUUCUCCGGCACCAUCUCCGGCUCGGGCACGGGGCCCAUCGACCAGACCGUCAUCGGCGACAGCACCAACAUGUACCUCUUCUUCGCCGGGGACAACGGCAAGAUCUACCGCGCCAGCAUGCCCAUCGGCAACUUCCCCGGCAACUUUGGCACGUCGUCGCAGGUCGUCCUCAGCGACACGACCAACAACCUCUUCGAGGCCGUCCAGGUCUACACCGUCAAGGGCCAGCAGCGGUACCUCAUGAUCGUCGAGGCCAUCGGCGCCCGGGGCCGCUACUUCCGGUCCUUCACGGCGACCAGCCUCGGCGGCGCGUGGACGCCCCAGGCGGCGACCGAGAGCAACCCCUUCGCCGGCAAGGCCAACAGCGGCGCGUCCUGGACCGACGACAUCAGCCACGGCGACCUCGUCCGCACCGACCCGGACCAGACCAUGACCAUCGACCCGUGCAACCUGAAGCUGCUCUACCAGGGACGCGCCCCCGGGUCCAGCGGCGACUACGGCAAGCUGCCCUACCGGCCGGGCGUGCUCACUCUGCAGCGAUAG